AUGACCAACAGGACGGCGUCCAGUCAACAACAGAAGUUGUGUAAAGAAACAACAUUCAAUUUUUUAAGUAGCGUAAAACGGGCUUCUGUGGUUGGCCUGGCGUGCUUCCCCGGUUACCUGAUCUCCGCUUUCUUCAUGGAGCUGUGGGGCCGGAAGACCUCACAUGCUAUGGUCAUUCUACCAGGCACGUUGGCCUGGCUCCUCAUCUACUUCGCCACGGACGUGACCACACUCAUGGCUGGCAGGAUACUCGCAGGCUUCACAGCUGGAGCCAGCACCACUUUAGGAGCCGUCAUCAUAGGGGAGUAUACCAGCCCGCAGCUCCGGGGCAUGUUCCUAAACCUCAAGACUGCGGCCGUCUGCAUCGGCAAUACUCUUGUUCACAUUGUGGGCCAUUUCUAUACUUGGAGAACUGUUGCAAUUUGCGGACUAGUGCCCCAUGUCCUUUCUUUUGGAAUUAUCUGCACCUGGCCGGAAAGUCCAACGUGGCUGGCUGCUAAAUUUAAGUUUGAGCAGAGUGAGAAAGCGUGGUUGUGGCUGCGAGGUGACGACCAAAACUCUAGAAACGAGUACGGUAGUAUGGCCAAAGUUCAAAAGCAGAGGAUUUCUGAAAUACGAGAGAAAUCCAGCGUCCAAAGACACGUGGUAAUCUUUUUGCAGAAGUUCACUCGAAAGGACUUUCUGAAACCUCUGCUCAUAAUACUUUUUGCUGCUAUUUUGCUAGAGACGUGCGGAAGGCACAUUUUCCCUGCUUACGCCUUGCAGAUCAUCGAAGAAAUCUCUGGACAUAAGUCCAGAACCUUCUACUACAUGAUAAUCAUAGAUCUGAUAACGACAUUCAGCUCCAUGUUUUCGUCGGCGCUGGUUCGCAUGCUAAAGAGACGUACCUUGCUGUUCGUCACUGGUGGAGCAUCUAUAGCCGUCUUGAUGGCCAUCUGUACCUACCUUUAUCUCAGUGCUAUAGAUGUGAUAUCGAAAGACAGAGCUUGGCUGCCUGUGUCCAUGUUAAUGCUGUACUUUUUAUUAGCAAACUUGGGGUGUACUCCUAUACCUCUAGCGUUACUUGGAGAGGUGUUCCCGGUAGCUCAUAGAGGAGCAGGAUCUGCAAUGUCAGGAUUGACGCUGUCUAUCUGUCUAAUGGUGGCUUUGAAGGUCACUCCCGUGAUGCUAGAAAGUGUAAAAGUGUACGGAACGUUUGCUAUCUUCGGCGUAGCCAUGGGACUCUCUCUAGUAGUAUUUUACUUCAUCCUUCCCGAAACUAAGGAUAGAAGUUUGCAGGAGAUUGAAGACUACUUUAACCACGGACGGUUCCUCAGUGAGAAAAAAGGUCGCGGUGAUGAUGAAGAAAAUACUACCAUGCUUAAGAUCUGAUUGAUUGCGAUUUACGAGUAU